AUGGCCGCCAACCUGGGGAACUCAGAUGAGCUGCUAAAAGAGUUGGACCUGAAAAACUACGUCACCUUUGUAAAGAAAUGUUUUAAAAAUGGAAUAAAAAAAGAACAAGAAGAUAUUUGUGCCCAAGAUUUGAGGAACCUAGCCAAGUGUCUCCCCAGGGUAUCUGGUGUAUGGUAUGAUUUACAUAAAAAUAGUUGGGAAGCCAGAUGGGCUGAAGGAACCAAAUCAGCAAGGAAAUACUACUCUGUGCAGAAAUUUGGCUUCCAUGAAGCAAGGAAACUAGCCAUUAAGACAAUCAAGACAAAGGAAAUUAAUUACAUAUACAAUAGCAUAAAUGAAGAUUUUAGCAAGCCACUUAAAUGGAAUUUAAAUAAUGAAUUUUUAGAGAUGAAUCAUGACCCCAUAAUUAAUUUAAAGAGAAAAUAUAGAUCCCCUAGUGGUAAAGUCAGAGAGAAGAGGAUUAAAAAGGAUCCCACCAAUGGGAAUGGUGUUAGUAGAAAAAAUAAAGGGGAAAAGAAAAGUGCUGCUCAAACGAGGGGGUUGAGAAGGGGGCAUGCUCAUUACACCUCUGCCGCCAGCUGCAACGCCUCGCCGAAAAAUGGACCCCACAAAAUUGAGAAGCAGCAGGGCAGCUGGAGGGACAGACGGGACGGGAAAAAGGCACUAAACCAAAGUGAAGCUUCGUACAUCUUGGACGGUACUAUUUCCAAACUGAGAAGCGACCAAGGAACGGGAGACAUUGCUAGCCAGCAUGUCGUAGAAGGUAGUCUCUCCAGUACUUGCCUGAAGCAGAAGGAUACAUCCACAAACACCGAAAUGGCAUUGUCUACAGAGGGAAACACCAAGAAUCUUGUUCAUAUCGAUGAGUGUAAUGCUACGUGCCUGAGUGAGGAAGACCCUUUGGGGAAGGAUAACCUAUGCAACAUCAACGAAAAGGGGAAGAGUCCCUCUAGUGUACACAGCCUCAACGGUUACAUUAACGGAGUGGACGACUAUCAUACACCCCCCAGAUGUACCUCCAACGACAGUGAUAAAAUGGAGGAAAACAAUUCGAGUAAGCAAGAUGGCGAUAAAACAACACCCAAGGUAGGGAACGCAUUCCAAAAACAUACACUUGGAAAAAAAAUCCCCAAUUGCAAUAAAGACAUCAAGGGGAAGGAAAAGACAAGCAUGGUGAAAUUCCCAGGGAGCAAAAUCCUGAGCUACAUGAGACAACACAAAAAAACGAAGAACAAAAACACCUUGUAUGUAAAACAAAGUGGAGUCCUAAAAAUGAACUUAAAGCAGCCUCCUAGAGGGGUGUUCAGUAGGGAAUAUGGCACCGGGUGGAACCGAAAGAAUUUAAAAAAAAAAAGUUUCGUAAGUGAAAAAAGGGCAUGCUUAAAUGGGGGUGCCCUUUUUGUUAAAAAAAUUAAAAGUUGCAAUCACGCGGAGGGGAAGAAGUGCAGGAAUUGUGACUUCAGGAGGAGGCAGAUGAGGGGCCUGCGCGACCACGGCUCACUCUUGAUUUCGAGCGUGCUCCCCAACGGCGGGGAAACCUUCAACGGGGGAGAAAGCUCCAACGGUGGGGAGACCUUCAAUGGGGAGGAAUCCCCCAACGGAGGGGAAAUCUUCAAUGGGGAGGAAUCCCCCAACGGAGGGGAAAUCUUCAAUGGGGAGGAAUCCCCCAACGGAGGGGAAACCUUCAAUGGGGGGGAAUCCCCCAAGGUGGACCUGACGGACCAACUCGGCACGGGCGAGGCCUCCCCCACGGGUGGCGAGACGGACGCGCAGAACGGCGACGGGGGGGGUGAUCAGACGGGUAAACACCUGGUUCCCCAAAAGAAGGACAGGCGAAAGGAAGAAGCGCAAGGGGAAGAAGCGCAGAAGGAAGACACACAAAAGGAGCACACGCAGACGGAGCACACGCAGACGGAGUGCACGCAGACGGAGUGCACACCACUGAGCACCCCAAGUGGUGAAAAGGCGCAGAAGAUGAAGUGCUGCGUGGAAAUUAACUUAAAGGAAGUCAUUCAUGCGGACACGCUAAGCAUAUUCAAAAAUGCAAUUAAUUUACUGCUAAACGAUUUGAAGUGCAAGUGUGUACCCCACUUGGACAAGCAAUUUUUGAACAUCCUGGAGAUCAUCGACAAUCACAUCAGCUACGUAAACUCCAUGCUGAGUGAACACAUUUUAAUCACUUAUGUGCAUUUAUUUGACAUUUGCGUCUCCAAUAAUAUUUUGCCAAGUCAAAUGGACCAAAAUAUACAGAAGGUUUUUUGCAAUGCGCUGAUUGCGUUUCAUAUUCUCCUUUUUAAUUUCCUGAGGGAUAGGCGGAGCUAG